CCGUCAAGUCCUCGCCUGGCUGUGGCUGGCCUGGAGGGGGUGGCUGCUGCUGAAAGUACUCGGGAUUCAUAUUCGGGUCUGCCAUCAUCGGCAUGCCAGGCUGCCCGGGGGUCGCCAUAUCGCCUCACUUCACAAGGUAUGGGUGGAUGGUGUUGGGAAGGGUGGCAGACGCGAACGGGCGACAGCGGGGGUGUGCUGGACGUUGGGAAAAAGGUCGAGAAGGUCAAGCCGGGCUGGCGCCGCCAGGCGACUGCUUAUGUCAGCCGCCCGUGCGACUUUCCUGAUCGUGCGCACGGGCCAUGUUCAUUGGGGGCGACGACGGCGACGACGAGCAAGACGAUGCGGGCGACGGCGAGCGCGACGAUCGUGUAUUGCAAAGAGGUGGUCUGUUUGGGUACGUUGUGGCCGGCCUGGACGACGAAGCCAAAUUGCCGCAGACAGCGAAAAACAACUUCGUCAAAACGUCCGCAAACUUGUAAACAAAGGACGUCGCUUUCACGGUACCCCAGCGUUGGACGCUUGUCGCUGCACAACCUCGACGUCGUCGUCGCCGAGGACGUGUGCUCCGGCGACAUAGUGGACGCCCUCCUUUCCCAGCCCUCUUCUCAUGAUCUCUUCCUUGUAGCCGGCUUUCCCCCAUCGACGUUCUUCUUCAGUUGCUGUGCUUCUGCCCCUCACGUUGCCAGACAUGCUCCCCUGCUCGAACAUAGACCCAGGAGAACUCAAGACUGGAUCCACUGCUCUCGGUGACGCGAGACGCUGUCCUGUACUUCGAAAGGUUGGUUAUGGUAUGGCCCCUUCCCCUCGAUUCAU